UACACGGGAUUGCAGCAGACCUCUAGGCGUAGUUGUGUUGUUACACAGGAGAGGUUGUGUCCCGUCGCCUCUUUGCGGGAAGAAGUUCACCUGUGAUUUACAAAAUGGCGUCUGAAACGAAGUCUUUCUGUCUGAUGUUCUACGCUGUUUUUGGAGUGGUUCUGGUUGGCUCUACAUUGUCUUCUCUUGUCACCGGUUUUUCUCUUGCCACAAGCUAUCUUAUAUUGCCAACGGAGACAGCCUGUAGUCACUGGAGUUCAUCCAUUACUGUUGUCGGAGGUGCGGUUAUGUUUGCUAUAUCCGGGCUAUCCGGUGUUAUCAUAGUGCCACUUCUACCGAAGCGUAGCACUCGGACGUGGCUGCUCACUUCCGCUGUUGCGUCGGGAUUGGGUUUUGGUGUUUGUGGCGUGGCAGUGGCAACCUGCCAUUGGUCAAAUGUGGCUACUCAAAUUUUCUAUGUGUUGGGUUAUGUGUUUAUUGGGUACGGAUGCUACCUUCCUGUUGCUAUUGUAUCUGUAGCUCUCAUUCCUUGGAUGCCGAGAUACAAAGCGUUUGCAGCUGGAUAUUCUUCAUUACUUUGUGGUCUGGGCAGUUUAGCUAUUAGCCAAUUGCUACUCUAUUGUCAGACUCUAAUCAAGAAUGAUGUUUUAGAUGUAGUUACUGUUUUCUUUGGUUGUGGCAUUUUGGUAGUUUUCUUCUACAUGUGUGGUAUGUUCCUCAUUGUACCUCCAUCAUUCGACACCAACAGUACUUUAUGUGAUGAAAGUGUUUCGAAUAAGAAUUCCUCAGGGAUGACUAGAUUUCGUAUCAUGCGUACCCGACAAUUCAUUCUUAUCUUUAUUGGAAGAGUAGUUGGUCCUUUCUGCGGAUAUGGUUUGACGGCUAGGCAGCAGGAGUUUCUUGACACUAUAUGGAGACAUGACCAUACACCAACAGCAAUUCUUGGUGCGAGUGUGUUUGGCAGUUACAUUGGUGGUCGAAUUUUUUGGUUGAUCAUGUGUGAGAAAAUGAGCUGUCGUUGGUGUUGGUGCACUUCUCUUGCUAUUCAGGCAGUGGCAAUUGCGUUUCUUCCCUUGUUUACUUAUUCGUCUGAUUCGAUAUGGAUGAAAUAUGCAGCAUUGAUUGACUUCUGUGUAAUCAAUAUCACAUUUCCUAGCAGCAAGAUGACUUCGUUUGGAUUAUGUUUAGAAAUAUUCGGAUCUGUCAACUAUGUGACUGCUUAUGGAAUGAGUGUCAUGGGACUAGGAGUUGCUGGAUUUCUUGCACCUCUUGCUUUUGAGUGGUCAUUGAUGAUUUGGUCAACAUACACUCCUAUAUUGUAUGCAUCUGCUGCAGCUAAUAUCAUUGCCCUCAUUGCAUCUCUUUGUCUCUCUCCCAUACAUUUUGACCCUAUUGAAUAAAUAUUUUAAUUUAAUCAUUGAGUCGUUACACAAAAUUUGAGUUUGAUCCUAUAAUUUUGAACAUUGAUUAUAUAAAAUUGUGAUACAAUUGUGGUUAUAUAAAUGAUUAUGCGUACUAAAACACUUGGAACAGAUGUUUAGCAUUGUUAUCUCUCAUAGAAAUAGAUUUAUGAGAUCAUGUU